UGCAGUUCCUCCACGGCCAGCUGGCCUCCCUUUGCUAACAUGCUUGCCCUGUUCCAGAUGGUGGGGCUCCUGGGUUUGCUUCAGGGGGUCCAACUCGCCCACCGUCAAGAGUGGAAGCAGCCAGGAGGGUCCCACGAGCAGCCCCUCCCCCCCAUGAGGGACCGGUAUGACUUUGCCAUUGUCAUCCCUGCAGGGGGCAUAGAAUGCCUCUGGCAGUUCGCACACCGCAAUGGCUCCUUCUUCUUCAGCUAUCAGGUGCAGAGAACUUCAGGCCUUGGCCACGACAGACACAUCCUGGCAACUGUCAACGACCCCAAUGGCCUCCACCUCGACACCUCCCAAGAUGUCCGGGGACAGAUCAACUUCCUGACUCGGGAGACAGGCUUCUACCAGCUAUGUCUGAGUAAUCGAUACAACCAUUUUGGAACUGUGCAAGUGUAUCUCAACUUUGGGGUCUUCUAUGAUCUAGAAACUACUGAGCUCAAGAGGACGGAACUCAAUGGCACUCUGGAAGCAAUUGAGAAGAGCACGACCAAACUGAUUAUCGAUGUCUUCCACAUGUGGCGCUACUUCAACUUUGCUCGAAUGAGGUCAAGGACAGAUUUCAACCUUCUCCAGUCCAACUGCACCUACAUGAACUGGUGGUCAGCAGCUCAGAGCGUUGCCAUUGUGCUCUCUGGCAUCCUUCAGCUCCAUUUCCUCAAGAGCCUCUUUGCUAGGCAGCCCAACAACAAGCCCAAGUGCUGAAGCUUCAGUAGGAUGCGAUGCCAAGCUCCAAAGCAGAACAUCCUCCUCAUAACCAGCCCACGUUAAAUAUGUUAAAAUAAAAGAUUACUUGCAUUUUAAAAAUA